GGAGCGCGUAAACACAGAGUUGGUUUCUCUAUGCUAAGGCACUCUACGCGACACCGUGGGGUUGGUCAAGCUCCGCUUUUGAUUGUCUAGACGUUCUCGGUUCCUCGCAUCGCCACUUUAUCCCGAACCCCCGUCGCAACACGUCGGCCCGACACUUGGUCUUUCUGCCCGCCGACCAAAAUGCACCUCAGCCGACGCUGAUCAGAAUCACUCUGGAGCAAGGUGUCGGAGAUGGUUGGUUAUCUGCACGCAGCAGAAGGAACCACAAGUAACAGCGGGAAGCCCGUGGAAGCGGCGCCCGCACAGUCGAGCGUCAACAGCGUCGUUUGCAGCCCCGACCUGGAGGUCUUCGCGUCUGCGCCGUUCCAGUGCGCGCUGUGCCACAAGAGCUUCGCGCAGAAGAACACUUACCAGAACCACAUGCGUUCGCACGCGGCCCCGACGGCGUCCACGGUGGUUCUGCCGCCCGCGUCCGCCAUGCAGGCGCCCAACGACGCCGUCACCACGUCGACGGCGCCGACGUCCGCCGCCGCCGGCGAGGACCCAUACCCGUGCACGAUUUGCGGCAAAACGUUCGCGGUGCCGGCGCGCUUGACGCGCCACUUCCGCACGCACACCGGCGAAAAGCCGUACACGUGCGAGUACUGCCACAAGUCCUUCUCAGUCAAGGAGAACCUCAGCGUACACCGUCGCAUCCACACCAAGGAGCGACCUUACAAAUGCGACGUCUGCGCACGCGCAUUCGAGCACUCAGGCAAACUGCACCGGCACAUGCGCAUCCACACUGGAGAGCGGCCGCACCGGUGCAACGUGUGUGGCAAGACCUUCAUCCAGUCAGGUCAACUGGUCAUCCACACGCGCACGCACACCGGCGAAAAGCCGUACGUGUGUAAUGUGUGCCACAAGGGGUUCACGUGCUCCAAGCAGCUCAAGGUGCACUCCCGGACGCACACGGGCGAAAAACCCUACGUGUGCGACAUCUGCGGAAAGGCCUUUGGCUACAACCACGUCCUCAAGCUCCACCAGGUCGCCCAUUUCGGACAAAAGGUCUACAAAUGCACCCUGUGCCACAUGACCUUCAACUCGAAGAAGUCGAUGGAGUCGCACAUCAAGACACACUCGGGCAGCAACGAGGUGAACAACCACGCCGCCCAGCAGGCCAUGCAAACACCUCUCGAAGAGUCUCCCUACGGACAGCCGGCGGCGCCUCGCGCCGAGCGGGUCUCGAUCGACCCCGCCCUGCUGACGGCCAUCGACCUCCGCGAGGGCACCCUUCGGCGCCAGCACGACGACGAAGACUCUCGGUCCUCCUCAGCGACGCCACCCCUCCGGGUGGACGAAGACGCGGCGCCAAUUGAACCAUCCAUACGCCUGUGUCCAGACCCGCUGUCCAUGCUCUCUGGGACGGCGCCAACAGACUACCUCUCCAACGGCGUCGCGGCGUCCGACUACCUGCUCUUGGAGCGGCGGAAAAGAGGGGUGCCCACCCCUCUGCCGACGCCGCCCAACUCUAACCCCGAGUCGCCGUCACCGUCGUCGUCGCCGGAUCCAGGCGCCGACGACGGCGCCGCGGCACCGCGCAAACGCUCCAAGAUGAUCCUGCAGCGCUACCUGCAGGAGGCGCCGCCGCCGGAGCCGACGCCGGUGCGCAGUUCGUCGGUGAUUCGGUUCGCAAAGCGCGACGCCCACUGAACUACCUCGCCAUUCCAAAGCAAUCGGCGCCUCCGCUGGACUCAAAGAGGGGGUGGAGGACUCGAUUCGCAGCAGCAUUUCGCGCCAGUUGUAUAACAACAGGCGCCGCCCGGCGGCGCCUUGCGAAAAAAAAAUCACGAACAGAAUUUCCUCGAUCGCGCCUGGCGCGAGUAAAUUAACUUUUAAGCGUUAUUACUAGAAGAUAAUUAUUAUAUAUUAUACAUAUUGUGUAAAAAGAAGUCUUACUGAGAGAAAAAGAAGUCGAGCCGAGUACCAUUGAAAAUGGGAAAGGCCAAAAUAUAUUUAUAUUUCAAGCGGAGCCUGAGAGGCGACGCCGGCAGAAAAAAUUCACAACUCACGCAGAUUAAUUACAAUGUAAUACUAAGUAAUCCACACACACCGCGUUUAAGAUUAUUAUUAUAUAUUUUACUUAAUUUAUUGCGACUUUCCGAGGGUCAGACUCCGAGGAAACGAGUUUCUCCUCGAUAGACAUUUAAAAUUAUAUAUUUAACCUUUUAACUGACGGUAAUUGAAUUUAUUAUUUUUGUUAGUCGCCUCUUCUAGUUUUUUUGUGCAGACACUGCUGUAAAAAUGAGAUUUUCGCCGUGAGUUUUGAUAUUUGAGCAGAUUUAAGUUGAUUUUUUCCGACAAAAGUAUAAUAUAUAUAAUGAUCAGGGGCAAAACAUAUGUAUGUACUAUUUUAAGACUGCGAAUUAUUGCGACUCUGUUGCGGAUCGAAACGAGCGCGACAAAUCUGAAUUCACUGACAAACACAAGACUGUCUUUUCUUUGAUUGUUUCGAUUUUUUCUGGGAGAGAAAACUAAAAUAAAAAAUGAAUUUUUAACUUUUCGUUCCUCUAAACGGACUGAUUAUAUGCAAAAGAAAAGUAACGCGAAAUUUCGAUCCGCGCGGUCGCGUCUGUCGAUUGUUGCGAGCUCAACAAUGUUAACUGCUGCAAAAGCUCAGAGCCCUUUCCAAACACCUACAAAUGAAUGCGCGACAAUCGCACAUACACACUCUGUAAAAACACACACACUUUAGCAGCAGAUAAGUGAAAAAAUAAAAAGAUGUGUUGUUCUCGUCCUCCGCUGAACUUUGAUUGUGUAACAAUAUAUAUGACAAAAUAAGCGCAAAGACGUUUCUCAUCUGCUCUUUUACCUUUUUGCCCCGAAUUGAUAAAAGAUUCUAUAUCGUUUGUUCCCACAUGUGCUGUUUGUCAAAAUAAUACUAAAAAUCGUUAGCCUCAGACAGAAAAAAAAAUGAAAGAGAACCACGCGUGUCUCUAUAAUAAAUGUGUAAAUAAGAAAAAUAUUAUGUACCGCCACAAAACACGAGAAUUAAAGUUCAAAACAUUAUUUACCAAAC